UCAAAGUAAUAAACCCCUUUUCCCCCCUUCCUGUCUUAGCCUCCCUACCAAAUUUCUUGACCGUUUCAAACGCUCCUCCUCUGCUAUCAUCAUGAGGAUUCUUGGCUAAUACCCCUUUGUUAUUUCUCCACCAUUCUUGGCUGGAACAGAAUCCAAAUCUGAAACCAAGAUUUGAGUUCACAACAAUUUUGGGUUGCUGCUUAAAUGGGUUGUUUUCUUGGGUGUUUUGGUGGUGAUAAGGACAAGAAACGUCGCAAACAGAGGCACAAAGUCAUCCCUCCAGACCAAAAACAUGUCUGUAGGGAUCCUCCAAAAAGCACCAUCUCCACUGAACAAAGCAUCAUAGAGAAGGAACCCUUCUCUGAGAACUUGGUUGCGGAAGCACGAGAUGAUGGGUCUCGGAACUUGGUUGCAGAAGCACAAGAUAGGUCUGAGGAACAACUGAGCUUGAGUGCUAGAAAAAGAGUUACCUUUGAUUCAAAGGUCACUACAUAUGAUCCUGUUUCAAUCUAUGAAAGUACAGAUUCUUUACGCGAAACCAAGAAAGCUGGUGAAAACGAAGAAGAGGAGGGUUGCCUUGCUAAAUCAAGCCAGUCCAACUCUUCCUCUGAAGAGGGUUCAGCCAUAUCUAGUGUUGGAUCAUACCCUCCAAACCACAGGUAUCAGAACUGCAGAGACAGUGAUGAUGAGGCUGAGGAUUUUGGUGACAGUGACUUGGACGACGAAUAUGAUCUCGAUGAUGAAGACUACGGCAGGGAUUCCGAUUGUGAAGGUGGACUUCAAGUGUGGUCUGAAUCAGUGGUAACUGCAUCAGUGGGAUCUAAGGCUGAUGAUAAGUCCUUUCAUCUAGUGAAUGAAGAGGAGGAAGUGGAUAGUCCUGCGAUGUUUGGCGUGCCUGAGAAGGAAAUGAGAAAGGGCGAAACAAAAGGAUAUGUAAGAGAUAGAAGUGCUUAUAUCCAUCCUGUGUUGAACCCUGUGGAAAACCUCAGUCAGUGGAAAACUAUUAAAUCUAAAGCAGCAGAACCCUUGAAGAUGCUGCCACAGAAGGAAAAUUUUAUCUCAGAAGUAGAAGGGCCUCGUGCUUCAUUCAGUUUAGAACCGACAUUUAAGCAAUCAUCUUCAUCUAGUUUCAGGCCAAAGCCUAAGGAUCAAGAAAUUGGAGUUGAUGCUAGUCUCUCAAAUUGGUUGGUUACACCUGACAAUACUAAGAAGGCUGGCUCAGAAAAGAGCAUGUCACAAGGUUCCAACUCUGUGAUGAGCUUUGAAGACAGACCGAUUUUAGGUGCCUUGACGGUUGAGGAGCUGAAACAGAUGUCAGCGUCUUCCUCCCCGAGGAAAUCACCCAGUCGGAGCCCUGAUGAUAUGCCUAUCAUAGGAAGUGUUGGGACCUAUUGGAAUCCAUCAGGGUCUGCAAAAGACUCCGGGUCAGCUUCUUCUUUUAAAGGCAUACCAAACUCAACUAGCAAGUACAGAGAGGAUAAGAGAGUGAAUUGGCAUUCAACUCCAUUUGAGGCAAGACUGGACAGAGCCUUGAAACAAGGUGCUGCAUAAGCCUCUAAAGCUUGAUUAUUGUAUAUCUAAACUGGCACACCUGUUUGUAAGACAUUUUUUAUUUCUAUAUUGUGUGUUGCUUACAUUUCUAUACGGUUGCUGGAUUUUGUUGUGUAUGUGAAUUUGAAAGUGGUAUAUGGGGAAACUGUUUGUUGUAAUUCUUUUUUGUAACUAUGAUAAGUGGUUAUGUACUGGAUUUAUCUAUUCAUCUUCGUCACUUUGUGUUUCUGUGGAA